ACAUGUUUGAUGUCCUUCAUGCUAAUAUGACAUCACAUGACAUGCAUAAGCUAUAAGGAAGGGAGUUGUCCUGCACUCCAUGGAACACAACUACAGGAAUGAAAUUGUAAAGCGGGAAGGACACAGGUAUCUUGCCCAUCACUGAGCGUCUGAGGAAGAUGAAGGUGGAGAUGAGGAAGGUGCACGCCACGCUGCAGGAUGGCAUGGUGGGGAGUUGGACACCUCCAAAUACGUCCACAGUGUUUGAAGGCAACACAACAUAUUGACUCGAUCGUCUGUGUGGGAACAUUCAUUCUGACUUUCCAAAGAAGAAUAUAUGGAGCCAUCCAACGACGACUUUCAACUCACAUUGGCCGAAUUGGUGCCACACCAGAGAGAAGCAGUGGAGGCCAAAAUGCGUGGAAUGGCAUAUAGGAGCGAAGUGUUUGCUCUUAAAACUGCCAAAAAGACGAACAGAGCUGAGAUGGCUUCUUCUUUGAAGACCUUCAAAUCUGCCAAGAGAGAUGCCCUGAACACCUUCCGAUCUGCCAAGAGAGAUGCCCUGAACACCUUCCGAUCUGCCAAGAGAGAUGCCUUGAAGACUUUCCAAUUCAGCAAGAGAGCUCUCAACGCUGAGUUGAGCGUCCUCAAUUGUGACUUGAAGUUUCUGAAGGCAGAACGGGCCCAUCAAAUUGAGCUGGCCCAACUCAAGGCACAGUCGGGAGGAGGUGGCUCGCCGCCGGCUUCUACUGGAGAUGGUGGAGACAGUGGUCCUGAAAACUUUUUGUCGAUCGGGAUGAAGGUACCAGCCAGGACCCAGAGGUGCCGCGGGCCAAAAAAAAAAAAAAAAAAAAAAGGUGUGUGUGCUGACGAGAAGGUGAAUUUCAUCCACCCCAUUUUCUACCGCUUGUCCCUUUUGGAGUGGCGGGAGGUCGCUGUAACCUAUCUCAGCCACUUUUUUAAUAAAAUUAUUAUUGACAAUGCUACAACAAUGUGUUCAAAUGAAUGGCGUAACAUCAGACUGAAUAAUUAGUGAUUUGGGUGUGCC